ACCACAUGCCAAAGCAUCUCUUCACAAUCUUCAAGACCAGAACAUCGUGGGUAUAGGACAAUGGAAGAGCUGGGUGAGUGGGGGGCUUUUGGAGAAGAUGCUCUAAGGAAAUAUGGACUUGGCCACCAUCAUCGCCAUGUGUAAUGAUGAGAUGCCUUAUUGGAGGAACUGGAACGCUCCACCCUCCAGGACAGUGAUGAAUACUCAGAACCAUUUUCUUGCUCCCUGGAUCAGCAAUCUACACACGAGAGCAAGCUUUCCAAAACUCGAAAGACCUUAUCAUCUCAGGGUAACACAAGUCCCUUGAAGGUGCAGCUCAUGUGUACAACCAAUGUCCAGGAGCCCAAUGUCUACAGUGAGGUCCAAGAGCCAAAAGAACCAGUACCACCUUCUAAAACCUCAGCAGCAGCUCAGUUGGAUGAGCUCAUGGCCCACCUGUGUGAAAUGCAGAGCAAGGUUUCAGUGGAAGCAGAUGCCAGCAGCAAACACUUGCCAGAUAAACAGGAUCACAAGACAUCCCUGGACUCAAUGCUUGGGGGUUUGGAACAAGAACUACAAGAUCUUGGGAUUGCCACAGUGCCCAAGGGUCACUGUGCUUCCUGCAAGAAGCCAAUUGCUGGGAAGGUGAUCCAUGCUCUGGGACAGUCCUGGCACCCAGAGCACUUUGUCUGUACUCACUGCAAGGAGGAGAUUGGCUCCAGUCCCUUCUUUGAACGGAGUGGCCUGGCCUACUGCUCCAAGGACUACCACCACCUUUUCUCUCCACGCUGUGCCUACUGCGCUGCCCCCAUCAUGGAUAAAGUGUUGACAGCAAUGAACCAGACAUGGCACCCAGAGCACUUCUUCUGCUCUCACUGUGGCGAGGUGUUUGGUGCAGAAGGCUUUCACGAGAAGGACAAGAAGCCAUAUUGCCGGAAGGAUUUCUUAGCCAUGUUUUCACCCAAGUGUGGUGGCUGCAACCGCCCAGUGUUGGAAAACUACCUUUCAGCCAUGGACACUGUCUGGCACCCAGAGUGCUUUGUCUGUGGGGACUGCUUCAGUAGUUUUUCUUCUGGCUCCUUCUUUGAACUGGAUGGCCAUCCGUUCUGUGAACUCCAUUACCAUCAGCGCAGAGGGACCCUCUGUGGUGGCUGUGGGCAGCCCAUCACUGGCCGCUGCAUCAGUGCCAUGGGGCAUAAGUUUCAUCCUGAACACUUCGUGUGCGCUUUCUGCCUGACUCAGCUGUCGAAAGGCAUCUUCAGAGAGCAGAACAACAAGACCUACUGUCAAGUCUGCUUCAAUAAGCUCUUUUCACAGUAGUUCCUCUUUGGCUCACAUCUAUUUCAUGUUGCCUGUAAAAGUGAAACCAAGACAGGAAAGAGCACACUUUCUGUCCCCAACCUUCUGCUCAGUGGGCUAAUAGAGUGCAAAUGAUAACCAAAUAAGGGAAUUUCUAGAUAUUCCUAGGCUUAUAAUCUUAAUUUUGAAGAUGAUUCUCAUUAUGUUUUUAAUUAUGUAUUUGCAUGUAGAUUUAGAUCAUGUUAUCAAGACCCUCUGGAAGUAUAUUUCUCAUGUGCACAAUUCAUUCCAUCGCUGGUUUUCUCUUUCUCACUUUUCGCCUCUACUGAUGUUCCACUCAGAUCUUCAGAUGUGGGCCCAGAGUCUGACUCUCUUUGCUUUUAGGAGUCAUGACACUACUUUUAAACCCUUAGUGUUUCUGCAUUUUUCUUUUUAAGAGGAAGUAUAUUUUAACUGACAUAUGUGAUGAAUAAAGCAGCUUGUGGUUUGGUGA